UUUUUAUACGGGGUCCCGCCAACGCACGCUACGCCACUGAACAGUGUAUCAAGAUAUCGAAUGUACUGGGAACAAAAAGUAGACUGCAGUUUUCCAACCGUAGCAGGUCUAAUGUCAAGAAAUCGUUUUGAGGAUUUAUUGCGUUAUUUUCAUGUUGCCGACAAUAAUAAUCUUGCACCUGAUGAUAAGUUCGCAAAAGUUCGCCCCUUAUGGAACAUGCUCAAUGCAAGAUGGGUAAAAUAUUAUCCUGGAGAUAAAAAUUUGAGUAUUGACGAGUCCAUGAUUCCCUAUUACGGAAAACAUGGGACAAAGCAACAUAUCCAUGGGAAGCCAAUCAGAUUUGGAUACAAAAAUUGGUCAAUAUGUACUCGACUCGGUUACUUGAUUUAUGGCGAAUUAUAUCAGGGAGCAAGUACUGGAAAUACCCAUCCUGAACUUGGUGUUGGUGCCUCAGUUGUUCUGGAUCUGAUAUCGAAACUGCCGCAGGGAAACUACAGUUUUUAUUUUGAUAAUUUUUUUACAUCCUUACCGCUUCUUGACGAGUUGCAAAAACUGGGUCAUGAUGGCACUGGAACUAUACGAGCUAACCGAACAGAAAAGGCACCGCUCAAGGAUCCGAAAGAAAUGAAGAAAACCAGUAGAGGAUCUCAUCAACAAUGCACCGAUGUAUUAUCUAAUAUCACUCUUGUGAGAUACAAUGACAAUAAUAUUGUCACGGUAGCAUCUACUCAGUCUGGCUCGGAACCCAUUGGCAAAGUAAAACGUUAUUGUGACAAACAGAAGAAGGACGUUGAUCAACCUCGUUGCUUCAUAAAUUAUAAUAAAUUUAUGGGUGGCGUGGACCGACUUGAUCAAAAUGUGGGAUGUUAUCGAAUCGGGAUUCGUCUGAAAAGAUGGUAUUGGCAGUUGCUCAUGUUUCCAAUAAAUGUAGCAAUGAAUAACGCUUUUCAGCUUUAUAAAAUUUCGCCAGCAGCAAAAAAAUCUAACGGUACGUCACAUGACCUUCUAUCUUUUACGAGAGAUGUUGUUUCUUCGUACUUUCUUAUGAAAAAUUCAUCUGCGUCUAAAACUUCAAGUGCGGCAACUCCAAGAUCAUCAUUAGCAGUGAUAAAACGUGUACCUGACGCCAUUAGACUGGAUGGAACGGGGCAUCUAAUUGAUAAACAAAAUAAACAAACUAGGUGUGGUUUGUGCCACAAAAACACAACCAUGAAAUGUAUAAAAUGUAAUGUUGCAUUACAUAGCAAAUGUUCAAUUAUUUUUCAUACAAAAUAACAUAUUAUAAAACAUAUUAUUUUGUAUGAAAAAUAAUUCAUACCUACAAAAAGAUGUUGUUUUGAUUUUUGCUUCUUUUUCCAUUUAUAAUAACCAUUUGCUAUGUAAUGCAACAUUAAUUUUAAAAAUGUCUUAAUAUUAAAGUACCUUUUGUUAAUAUUUAAAAAAUAUUAUAAGCUAUUGAGUUUUUAUUAUAUUAUAUGAAAAGUCUACUAAUAGUCUUAUUUCAUAACAAAAUCCAAAGCCACUAGCGAUAACUUACAUGUAUGUAUUUAGAGGCCGUCAGCUCAAAAGUGGCCUAACCCACAAUUUUUCAUAAUCGUACUUAUCUAUUGCAAUUCAUUCGAAACUUGAUAAAUUUUAAUGUUAAACCGGCCUAUCUCUAGUUUCACCCUUAGUUAGAAGAUGGCGUCGUUAACAUUAUUUUUGCAUGCAUUGUUUUUGCCUACGUUACAGUGUAAAAGUGGCCUAACCAGCUUAGGCCAUUUUUGCAUCCUGGCAACACCCCCUAUUUUGGCGGGUUAGGUUGACAGCUGUCAUCGAAAUGUCAAAUUUUUUUCCGUAUACCGCGCGUAAAGUUUUAAGACACUUGUAUGAACAAAGAUCGGCAUCUUAUCUUGUGGAUUGUAUUGAAAAUCUAUAAAACUAUUCACUAUGGAAGAUUUGGAAAGCGCAGAAGACGUGGAAACUAAUAUGCUAUGUAAGUACCUAGAAAAUUAAUAAUUACUCAGUUUAUUUUGGUGUGGAAAUGUUUACUUCAAUGAAAGUUUUGUUACAGCGCUCUUUGGUUCUGAUUACCAAGAUUCAGGGUCAGAAUAUUGUCCGUCAGAAGCUGAUCAGAAUAGUGCUAGCUCUAACCAAUUUGGAAGAUGUUUUACAAGAGGGACUUCAAAGUUCAAGAUUACAAGAAGACAGAAUCACAGGGAAACCAAAGAAGAGAAUAAGAAAAACUGAGAAUUGGGCUAGGAAUGUGAAGAAAUCAAAACGUAAUAAAGGAGAGGAAUAUUUCAACUACAAGGGGGUAACUGUACCAGCUAAGACACCUAAGGUAGGAUUGUGCUCGUGUCCAAACAAAUGUCACUUAAAAAUAAAUUGUGACCAACAAACUAAGAUAUUCAAAGAAUUCUAUGCUUUGGCGAAUUUCAACUUGCAAACAUCUUAUUUGUUUUCGCUUAUCAAAGUAGUUUCAAAGUCUCGUACGUACACCAGUAAUGAAAACUCAAGAAGACAAAUGACAAGGCAUUACUACUUACGU